AUGGCUGUACAGCAGCACGAGUCAAAGGAACCCGAUUCGUCCCUGACAGAUACUCCGCAGAGGAUGAGAAAUGCCGACGAUGAUCUUGAGGUUGCCUUGCACGGCACUAAAAGAGCGAUCAAAUCGCGCCAUGCACAGAUGCUUGUUAUAGGUGGUACCAUUGGCACUGGGCUCUUUGUCGGGACGGGGCAGGCAUUGGCAAUCGCGGGCCCUGCCUUUCUCUUCUCUGCGUACUUGGUGAUCUGCUUUCUCGUCUACGGCAUCGUCACCGCGGUUGUCGAAGUCGGUGCCUAUCUGCCCGUGUCGGGCAUGUCCGUAGCGUACUACGGAAACCGAAUUGUGUCACCCAGUCUUGGCUUCGCCCUAGGUUGGCUGUAUUGGUAUACCUGGGGCAUAAGCGUCGCGUACGAGAUCACAGCCGCUGCAGUUGUGAUUAGCUAUUGGCCAACUACUGUCCCAGUUGCCGUAUGGAUUACGAUAAUGCUGGUAGUAAUCGUUGCACUGAACUUCUUUCCUGUCGGAGUCUACGCCGAGGUGGAAUUCUGGUGUGCGUCGAUCAAAGUUUUCACCAUCAUUGGGCUCUUGAUUCUAUCAGUGGUCUUAUUCUUCGGUGGCGGGCCAAACCAUACUCGCUUGGGCUUUUGGUACUGGCAGGACCCUGGCGCUACUAACGAGUACCUCGUGGGAGGUGCCGGUGGCCGGUUCUGCGCUUUUUUGUUCACCCUUAUCUACUCGUGCUUCAGCUUCAACUUCAGUCCCGAGUUGAUAAUCAUCACAGCAGGCGAGAUGAAGUCUCCUCGAAAAAACCUUCCAAAGGCCGCCUUUCUUUUCAUCUGGCGCUUAAUCAUGUUUUAUGCCCUUGGUGCGCUUGCUAUUGGUGCCAUAUGUCGAAGUGACGAGUCGGCGUUAACCAACGGUGGAAAAGGGGCAGCCGCAUCCCCAUGGGUUAUUGCUAUCAAAAAAGCUGGAAUUCAUGCAUUAGACAGUAUUAUCAAUGCCGUGAUUAUCACAUCAGCGUGGUCGAGCGGGAAUUCGAUAUUAUACAUGUCUAGCCGCUCAUUAUACUCUCUAGCCAUAGCUGGAAACGCACCUAAGAUAUUCAGCUAUUGCAACAAGCACGGGGUACCAGUCCAUGCGGUUAUAGCUUCCAGCUUAUUAUCAUUGCUAGCAUACCUAAAUGUCGGCAUUGUUAGUGGCAUUGUGUUCAAUUGGUUUGUAAGUAUCAUUAACACGGCGGCAUUCAUAAGCUGGGUUUGUUGCUGCCUCAUUUACUUCCGCUUUAAAAAGGCAUGUAUCGCACAGGGCAUAUCUAAUUCUGAUUUGCCCUAUACAAGUGUCUUGCAGCCAUGGGCAGCGUGGAUUGCCGCCGUGGCAUUCGGCGUCUUUGGGCUACUAAACGGGUUUCAGGUAUUCUUCCCGAGUCGAUUCAACGUAUCAGACUUUCUUACAGCGUACAUUGGGAUUCCAGUAUUCUUGUUGAUAUACCUAGGCCACAGAAUCUCGGUUAGGAAAGACCCCUGGAUUAGGACGCCCGACUCCGUUGAUCUAAAAACGGGAUUAGCGGAGAUAUUAGCAGAUGAAGAAGCCGAUGCUGCCGUCGAAGCGCUGGUUCCCUCUGCCAAAUAUAAUCGAAACCGGUGGCUAAGGAAAAUGUGCAUAGUAUGGGGAUGGUACUAA